GGUGGCGGGGGUGCCAUGGCCGGCGGGGCCAUGGCGGGCGGGGAGGGUUCGCUGCGCGCUCUGCUCCGCGCCGCCAACAAGCUCCUGCAGCAGCGCCGCUACCAUGCCGCGCUCGCUGUCAUCAAGGGCUUCCGCAACGGCGCCGUCUAUGGAGCCAAAAUCCGUGCCCCUCAUGCCCUGGUGAUGACUUUCCUGUUCAAGAGCGGAAGUUUGAGGGAGAAGCUGAAGGCGAUUGCUCAGGCCACCUACGCCCACUCCCGGAACUUGGCCUACUUUGUCUUCACCUACAAGGGGCUCAUGGCAGCACAGUCCCGCCUGCAGGGGAAGAAAAUCCCAUUCCAUGCUUUCCUUGCAGCCUGCAUUGGGGGCUGGCUGGUGUUUGGUGAGAACAAUCCCAUCAACAGCCAGAUCAUCAUGUACCUGCUGUCCCGGAUCCUGUUCGGCCUGUCCCGGCUGGCUGUGGAGAAGGGCUACAUCCCACAGCCCAGGCAGGAUCCCUUCCCCCUUGUGGCUGCCCUGGUGUGGGGGACAGUGCUGUGGCUCUUUGAGUACCACAGAGAGACUCUGCAGCCCUCCCUGCAGUCCUCCAUGACCUACCUGUACGAGGACAGUGAGGUGUGGCACGACCUGUCUGACUUCCUCCUUUACAACAAAAGGACAGACAGCAAGUAGGUGCUUCCCUGCAAAGCACCUUUGGAUGGGAUGGGACCUCUGGGCAGCUGAGGGGAAAAGGUUAUUCUGUUGCUCUUGACCUGGGAUUUUUUUAAAUUAA